CGUCUCGCAUCAACAUCGGCGAACGGACCAGCACGAGAAAAAAAGAAAGGGGACGGCAUAUCUUGUUGCUUGCUCCUGCACACACACCACCACCCCCAUCCCCGAUCAAUCUGCCACCCAUCAUGUCCACACAAUGACAGCCCGGCCGAUUCAUUGGUGACUCUGGCGACGUCUCGCUCCCCCCAAACCAGCCGCCGUCCCGGUUUCAUCGCCUCGGGCUGCCGUCUAGUGCCAAUUUUGAUCGCUGCUUGGGCUUUGCUCUGCUCUGCUCGCUCUGUGCUCUGUCUGCUCGUGCCGUGCGCCUGUCAGCGAGAAGGCCUGGCCUGUUCGUCAACACGCAAGCCACCGCGGCAGGAGCUCCUGUCCAGAGGCCUCGAGCCCCCUCUCGUGCCAGCCCGACGACGCAACCACCCUGAAAAAACAAAAAAAGAAGAAAGAAAAAAUAAUAAAAGCCAAACUUUCGUGUCCCCGAGGCUGGACAAUGUCUUCGGCUGCAAUCCACGCCGCACCGCAAGCAUUAGCUCCCGCCCUCAACACACCGCCUCUGGUCACGGCAUCGUCCUCGGGCCGUCACGCCUACGCCUCGUCGGCACACUCGUCGCCCACACGCGAAGGUUAUCAUGCGAACCCGCAGCACUCGAAUUCUCCAUCGCAGCGACAAUCUCGACGUACCACCGCCGCCGCCGACCCUUCCGCAAGCUCCCACCAGAACAGCGCGUCGCCCGUCUCACAGUCCAAUUCCCCAAUGAGCUCGCGCGCCGCCAUUUCGUCCCCGGUGGCAGUCGCCACUGGGACCCCCGAAUACCAGACCGCCGCCGCCGCCGAGCGACGCAGGCACCACGCCCCGUCCAACGUGCCGCCGCGAACGUCGUCCUCCCACCAGCCCUCGGCCAGCGGCCAGUCGUCGAGGAGAUCUGCCGCGGCCAACGAACGCGCCCACAACUCGCCGAGGCGCGCCCCCGACAACCGAUCCUCCAGUGCUGACCAGCUGCAAUCGCCACACGGCGAGCAGUCCCCGGCCAGCUCGCGUCGGAAGGAGCGCCAGCACUACGUGCCGGCUCCUCCCAACGACGCCCGGCGUGGCGGCAGCAGCUCCCGCGAUCCCCGGGCAUCUGCCCCGGCAACCACCAUGCCCAUCAGAACCCAGACGACAGCCUCCUCCUCGGCCGCCUCGUCGUCCAGGGGCCCCUCUAGGGAGGCCAGCGAGAUUCUUCACAGCAUGAUAAUAUCGCCACCCGAGGUCGAUAUAGAUCGCGAGAAGGAGCGACUGGCCCAGGCCCAGCCGCACCCGCUAGCCUCGGCUCAUGGCGUCGACGACGCUGCCACGCCUCCCGUUGUCUCCCCUGCUGAGGCGCGUGGUACUCGGAGUCGACACGAUCACUCCAAACGCGAAAAGCAGACGAAGUUCGGAGACUACAUCCUCGGCAACACCAUCGGCGAGGGCGAGUUUGGCAAGGUCAAGCUUGGGUGGAAACAGGAAGGAGGAGUCCAGGUCGCCAUCAAGCUCAUUAAGAAGGAUGCUCUUGGUAGCAACCCGAGCCGCAUGAACAAGAUCAUGCGCGAGGUUCAGAUCCUCAAGCAGCUCACCCACCCCAACAUCGUCAGACUUCACAGGAUGGAGGAGUCAGAGAGGCACUAUGGCAUCAUCUUGGAGUAUGCAUCUGGUGGCGAGCUCUUCGAUUAUAUCCUUAACAACCGAUAUCUCAAGGACAACGCCGCCCGCCGCCUGUUCGCCCAGCUCGUAUCCGGUGUUGGAUAUCUGCACAAGAAGGGAAUUGUGCACCGAGAUCUGAAGCUGGAAAACCUCCUGCUCGACCGCAACCGAAACAUCAUCAUCACCGACUUUGGUUUUGCCAACAUGUUCGACCCAGUCGAGGAGCUGACCGAGGACGAGGAGGCCGGCUUGUCGGACAAGGAGUUCGUCAAGAGGAUGGGGCUUGACAAGAUCGGGUCCAACAACUCUAGGAAAGGCGACCUCAUGCUUACAAGCUGCGGAAGCCCAUGUUACGCUGCUCCUGAGCUGGUCGUCAGCGACUCGCUGUACACUGGUCGCAAGGUCGAUGUCUGGAGUUGUGGCGUCAUUCUUUACGCCAUGCUUGCCGGAUAUCUGCCGUUCGACGACGACCCAGCGAAUCCCGAGGGUGACAAUAUCAAUCUGCUGUACAAGUACAUUGUCAACACACCCCUUACCUUCCCCGAAUACGUCACCCCCCACGCCAAGGACCUCCUACGCCGCAUCCUCGUGCCGAACCCGCGACGCCGAGCAGAUCUCUUCGAAGUGGCCCGGCACAGCUGGCUGAGCGAGUACGCUCACGCGGUCGAAUUCAUCACCAGCAGCACCACCACUCACACCGACAUCCAGAACACAACCGUUCCCGCCGAAGACGUGGAAGAAAACGGCGGUAUCGUGCGGAGCGCUUCUGUGCGCGAAUCGUCCAGGAAGACCCCCGUCUCCACCGCGGUUGGAGGGUUGGCCACCAAGCAAGGCGGCAUUGACCAGGAUGUGGAACACGCGCGCCAGCAAAAGGACAACAAGCGUAGAACCGUGCAGGUCGAGUAUGUCGCGCCGACCACACAGACACAGCGUGGCGAGCCGUCCAACGCACAGUCGACGCCCAAGACCAAGACGCGUGCCAGGUCGGGCAGCGAGGGCCCUGUCGAGGUUGUCUCAACAUCCCCGAACGACAAGCCCCUUCCGAAGGACCCGCCGGUUACUCGAGACAGUUAUGUGAGGAUGUCAUCCAAAGGAGACCCGCGGAAACCGCCGAGCAGCCACCGAAACCAGCCCAUGACGACGAGGCCGCCCGUCUCUUCGCGCGUGGGACCCGAGGGAGCCUACAUGACUGGAGCCGGUCCGGCAAGGCCCAACACGAGCGGAUCGGUUGCCUCGAAUGGGUCGCGGGUGCCGGGAGCCGGAUCUCGAUCAUCGUAUGGCCAACCACUGCCCCCAGCGGUCGCAGGUACUAACGCUCACGGAAGGAUACAACAACCGGUCAGUAGUGGCAAGCCCUACGUCGCGUCCCCGCUGUCACCGGACGGACAGCAUCUGGAAUACGGGCGGCCGAGCGUCAGUGUGCCCUCCAAGUUCGCCAAGGUUUCAGGCUUCUCGGGCGACGGUGAGCAUGCCGAAGGGUCUGGCGGCGGCGCCAAGUCGGGCCACCGGAGGUCAAACACUCUGGGCGAGAUCACGGGCAAGAUGUUUGGAAGGAGCGGGUCGCUGUUUGGAAACAAGAACCGCAAGAAGACGGAGCAGCAGCAGCAGCAGCCUCCGCCGUCGCAGCACUCUCACCAAGCCGAGCCCAAGGGCAACCGGAGAUAUCCCCCAGUCAGCAUGAUGUCCAACACGGUACCAUCGACUCCCGGCCUCGAGUACGAGAGCCGCCAGUCGCUCGACUCGAGGCGAUCGCGGCGCUCAUUCUCGUUCGGGUUGGGCAAGAAACGGUCGGGCAGCGUCGCCGGCUCGCAAACGUCGCUGGACAAGCAGACCAAGCGCUUCUCCUUCAUUCCCAACUCUAUUUCGCUCAAGGCCAUCGGCCUCGGCAAGGACGUGCCCCCUCCUGCGGAUGAGUCGCAGAACGACCUCCCCAUCCAGGAGCCGCCCAUGGUGGGCCAGCAUGGCCGAUAUGUCGACCAGCGCCUGGGUUCGUCGCACAAUGUCAACGCCGUCGCCAUUGACGACAUGUACGCUCAACUGUCAGAUCCUCAGCAUGCCGCGGUCACCGCGGGCUCGGCCCUAUCGCUCUCGGGCCCGACCUCGGCGCAACACCAGCGCUACCCCUCUGGACAAUAUGACGGGAGGCAACAAAAGCCGUCGGCGGUUCCCGGUUAUCUUCAACGCCCGGGGGCUGGCUUCGAUUCGGGCUCCGAGUCCUCGGUGAACGACCCGCGCGCCGGGCGCAUGCCACCCGGCUCCUCGUCGUCCUUCCAGCAGCACCAACGGCCACAAGACCAAUACAGCCUGAACUCGGAGCAGGCGGGAUUCUCCCAGAGCGCAUCCAACGUGCGUGGGGGCCGCGGCAUGCUACAGAAGCCAAAGAGAUUCGUGGACGCGUAUGACACGGACGAGAACUCGACACGGGCGCACGACCACGGUGGCAGCAGCGGAGCUGCGCGACGGGUUAUGGACUUUUUCAGGAGGCGGGGCAAGGCCCGUGGCGGCGACGAGAGGUAAUUCGCCUCCCGAGAUGUGGCUGUGUCUCCUUGCAAGCUUUAAUACUAUUAUCCUUUUUCAUACCUUCCUCUUAACCAACUCUCUGUGUCUCCUGUACUCUUCAUGUGUCAUCUCCGAUAUCUAGCUUGUCCUGGCCGGUUUGUUCUGCCACAUCCCAUCUUCCCUUUUUUUCCUCCACAUUUGGCACGCUGCUUCUCGCAAUCUUGUAUGGGCCCAGAUGUUCUGAGCCGCCUAGGCAGCUUUCUGACCCGCGGCCAGAUGCUUUGGGUAACUCGAGGCUCUUUUUGAUGCCAUUCCCUCUCACAACCUUCCAUACCAUCCUCAUAAUCCCCUACACUUUUCCUUGGGGGGUUUGCCAGUUGAAAACAAUCUCCCCCGAAAAUGCCUGAACCAUUUCCCAUUUCUUUGCUUUUGUAAUAGACGCAUUCGGUGAUUUUCAGAGGUGCGGUUUUGUGUUUUUUUUUUGAAGCCUUUUCUUUUCACUUUUUUUUGCCGCUGAGUUUUGGGGUCGGUGAAUAUUCUUUGUCGUUUCCAGAAAAUAAUCAAGCCUACCGAACCGUUGCGGACACUACGCCGGGAUAAAAUUCCCACAGGACGUUCCGUU